UCAUGGCUUCUUCUUUCCCUUCCUUAGAAUAUAGUGUACUUGGAUCUUUACUAUCCUUCACCGUUGCUUCUUGCCAGCAACUAUAUACUCUUCGUAAUUGUUUGUCUUGAUUUAUCAUUUAUGCGCUCCUGUGCUGUCUAGUUUCAAUCAGCAAGUCAAAUUUAUGUCUCAAAUUGAAAUUCUAUGCAGAGUACAAGCUCUUUACUCAUUCAGCUCAAACGAUCCCUCAUCACUUUCAUUCGAACAAAAUGACUAUAUUGACGUCUUGAAUAAACUACCGUCAGGUUGGUGGGACGGGCUAUGCAAUGGAGCUAGAGGAUGGUUUCCUAGUAACUAUGUUAGAGUAAUCUGCGAUGAAAAGAGCUGUUUUCAAGAGCAACUUGUUUUGGUCAAUUCAAUACAGUGGAUAGCGAUUACAGAUUGAGUUUAGCUUAUAACAGUAGACUAAGGGAACAGCCUACCCACAAUAUGCUGAAUAACUCUUUG